AUGGCAAAUAAAUACGAAUACGACGUCGAAAGGACACCAAGCGACAAGGACACCAAUGAGAAUACCCUCGUCAUGAGUGAGGAGGUCGAGAACUCGCGCAUCGAGGCUGUUGCUCUGGUUGUUCCUGUCACUGACGACCCUUCAUUGAAUGCCAUCACUUUCCGUUACUGGAUCAUUGCCUCUUUCUUCUCUAUCAUUGGCGCUAUUAUCCAGCAAUACUACUUCUACCGCACCACCUCUGGAUCCUUCUCAAUCUUCUUUGUCAACCUGGCGUCAUACUCCAUCGGAAAAUUUAUGGAAAAGUACCUCCCAGCCCGAUCCGUCUGUCUUGGUCGCUACUCCAUGUCCCUCAACCCCGGCCCUUUCAACAUCAAGGAGCACGCUCUAAUCGGAAUCACGGUCUCGACUGCUGCUGGAUCCGCAUACGCCAUCGACAUCUUGUCCGCCACCGAUCUUUUCCUCAACUACCGCAUCAGCGCUAUCGGAUCUCUUAUUCUCAUCAUCACUACCCAGUGCGUUGGCUAUGGUAUGGCUGGUUUGCUCCGCAGGUAUCUGGUGUAUCCCGCUGAGAUGGUGUGGUGGUCUAACUUGGUCCAAGUCGUCUUUUACAAUGGCAUGCACAGCACUGGGGAGUUCAAGACCAUGAAGAUGAUCCGGGGGUGGUCUUACAUGAAGUACUUUUGGGUCUUCUGUACAGGCAUGUUCGUCUAUGAGUUCAUCCCUCAACUUGUCGCCCCCCUUCUGGUUACAUUUGACUGGAUCUGCUGGCUGAACCCCUUCAACAAGAAUGUUUGGGCACUGUUCUCAUCGAUAUCUGGCGGUGGAAUCUUCUCGCUCUCCUUUGACUGGACUUCGAUCGGUGGUGGCACCAUGUGGUUACCUCUAUCUGCUCAACUCUGCACUUACGGCGGCAUGGUCUUGAACUAUUGGAUCAUCCUUCCCAUUUUCUGGCUGAACAACGUCUUGGGAACCAAGUCUAUCGGGAGGCCCUUGACAUCGCACCUCUUCUACAACGAUGGCACUCCCUUCAAUAUCAAGGAAGUCUUGAACCCCGACUACACCGUCAACUGGGACCUCUACAACGCAGGAAAGCCAGCCAACAUGGCGCCCAUGUACGCUCUAGGCUUCAUGACCUCCUUCAUCGCCCUGGCUGGAUGUGUCUCUCAUAUCAUCUGUUUCCAUGGAUCCGACAUUGUGAAGAACUGGAAGGCAGCCGUUGGUUCCGAUCGUGAGGACAUCCAUACAAAGAUGAUGAAGGUCUACCCCGAGGUACCCCAGCUAUGGUACGCUGCCUUCUACGUGAUCAUGGCAGGAUUGGCUAUUGUCGCCUGUGAGGUCUACGAACUCCAGCUCCCGUGGUGGGGUCUUAUCAUCUCUCUCAUUCUCGGAUUUUUGUUGACCCUCCCCAUCUGCGCCAUGGUCGCCAUCACCGGUUUUGGUCCUGGGCUCAACGUCAUUACGGAGCUGGUCUGUGGAUACAUGCUCCCCGGCAAGCCUAUCGCCAACAUGACCUUCAAGUGCUACGGAUACAUGGCCAUGUAUCAGUGCCAGAGCCUACUCUCGGACCUCAAACUUGGACACUACAUGAAAAUCCCACCCCGCUCCAUGUUCAUCGGCCAGUUCUGGGGCACCCUCAUUGGUGCAGUCUUCAAUUACCUUACUAUGGUUCUAAUCAUCAACUCACAGCGCGGAAUCCUCAACGGAACCAAGGAUGACCCCUCCGGCCUUUGGACUGGCCAGCGUGUCGAUACCUUCUGGGGCUCCGGUCUGAUCUAUGGUGCCCUCGGUCCUGCCAAGAUGUUUGCGUUUGACGGCAAGUACUGGUUCGUCUACAUCGGCUUCCUGAUCGGAUUCAUUGCUCCCGUCAUCCUGUGGGCUCUCUCCAAGGUGUUUCCCCAGUAUAAAUGGUCAAAGUUCAACGUCGCCAUAAUUGCUGGAGGCAUGGGUGCAUACCCCAAUGGCUAUGCUAUCGGUAUUUUCCCCAGUAUCGUCGUCUGUCUGAUCUUCCAAGGCUACAUCUUCCGUUACCACAAGGGCUGGUGGAAGAAGUACGUCUUUGUCUUGUCUGCUGCCCUUGACACCGGCGCAGCAUUUACGGGGCUCAUUAUGUUCUUGUUCUUCUCUGGCGGCAUCUCUCCCAAGUUGUCUAUCACCUUCCCUCACUGGUGGGGCAACUAUGCGGACGAGAAUGGGACGACGGCCCCAUACAUGUCCAGCGACCGGUGUGGCUCUUACAAGGGCCAGAACUGGACCAGUGGAGUGUAG